AUGAAAAAUGAUUAUGAUAAAAUUAUUAAUCUAGAAAUUGAUAUUAUCGAUGAUGAACAGUCACAUGAAAAUGGUGAAGAUGCAGAGUCGAGUACUAAUAGUAAGGUUAAGAAAAUAAUAAAAUUUACACCAUAUCAAAAAACUAAAAAAGUUUUUACUGAAGAAGAAAUUAAAGAUAGAAAUUGUAGAACGAUUAAAGUUAUAAAUAUUCCAAUUGAAAUUCCUAAUUAUCAAAUUAGAAAGAAAAUGGCUUUUAUACCAGAAUUAGAAAUUUAUAUAUUCAAGCUUUCAUUACAUAUAAAAAAGAAGAAAGUCUACAAAAAUUAUACAAAGGCAUAUGCUUUAGAAGUUAACAAUCCUAAGUAUAUUUUUAUACCAUGUAAUCCAAAUAAUAAUAAACCAUUGAAUUAUGCAAUAGUUUAUUAUGAAAAUGAUGAAGAUAUAGGUAUUACAGCAGAAAGAAAUACUAUUUUUUGUAAUAGAACGCUUUAUUGGGGAACUCCAGGUGAAAAAUCAUGCCAUAGAUGUGGUUCCUUUGAUCAUUUAAUUAGUAAGUGUGAUAUUGAACCAUCUGCUAAACCACGUGUAAUGAAUAGAAAGCAAAAGCUUAAGGAGUUUCGUCAAGAAAAUAACAAGAAGUUUAAAAAAGGCAGAGAUGCGUCUAGAGCUGUAUUUAACAAAUAUGGUGAAAUAGAAGAAAAUGGCUUUUAUACCAGAAUUAGAAAUUUAUAUAUUCAAGCUUUCAUUACAUAUAAAAAAGAAGAAAGUCUACAAAAAUUAUACAAAGGCAUAUGGUCAGAAUGGAUUGGAAAACAUCAAGUACUUAUUGUGCCAAAAAUUUUGUUAGAAGAUGAAAUAGAAAAAAGAUCAAUUAAUCCAAAUAAUAAUAAACCAUUGAAUUAUGCAAUAGUUUAUUAUGAAAAUGAUGAAGAUAUAGGUAUUACAGCAGAAAGAAAUACUAUUUUUUGUAAUAGAACGCUUUAUUGGGGAACUCCAGGUGAAAAAUCAUGCCAUAGAUGUGGUUCCUUUGAUCAUUUAAUUAGUAAGUGUGAUAUUGAACCAUCUGCUAAACCACGUCAAAGUAAUAAUUCAAAUAAUUAUUCUAAAUAUAAUAAUGGAAAUAUUAAUAGAUAUUGGAAUAAAAAUAUUUCACGUGAUAGAAAUAAUAACGUUAAUGAAAAGUCACUUGAUCAAGGAAUUUUCACGCAAAUUAAACAACUUAAUGAGAAUUUGAAUAAAUUAGCUAAUGAUUUCAAAAAAAUCCAACAAGAAAACUAUCGUAUUAAAUCUGAAUUUUAUAAAUAUAAAGAAAACAAGUCUACAACAAGUUCAGGAAAAAAUAUUAAAGUCAAUCAAGAUAGAAGUAAAAUAGCCUUACAAAAUGAGAAUAAAAAAAGAUCAAGAGUUGAUAAUGAACAACUUGAAGCCUCAGGAUCUUCAGAUAUAGAAAAUAGUUUAAAAAAACAAAAUAACGAAAUUAAUAGAUUCGGUGAUGCUUUAUCAACUAUGAGUAAAAAUAUCUCAAAAAUUAUGGAAUAUUUUACUUCUGACAAUAAUAAUGACGUUAAUAAUUUUCAAGGGAUAAAAUUAUUGACAAUAAGGCCACUCCAAUUCAAUAUGGUACAAUUAAUAAUAGUAGUAUAUGUAAACUUAUCAAUUGCACUAUCUGUAAUAAACCAAGAUAUAUUUUUAGUAAAAUUGCAGAGUGAUAAAGAAAAAACUAAUUUAGAAAUUUUAUUAAAUAAUGUGAUUUAUAUUUGUGGAUCUCCUAUAACUCCUGAAAUACAUAAUCAUUACAAAAAGUUUAUGUUAGACAAAAAAUCUAUUGGAAAAAAUGAGUUAUUAGAGUCAGAUGAUAGCUUGAAGAAAAAUUUACUACUAUAUAUUCAUUUUGCCAAACUUGUAAAAGUAAAGAAAAAACAUUAUAAUAAUCCUUCCCCUGUUAAUCAAAAAUCACGUUCAAAUUUAAAUAAUCAACAAAUUUAUCGUCAAAAAACAAGUCAACGACUCAAUUUAUCAGAUAUAAUUAAAAUAGCUUCAUUGAAUAUUAAAGGUAUAACUGAUGUUAAAAAACAAUUCUUAAUUGAUAUAUUAGGUGAAUAUAAUAUAACUAUUUUGGGUCUAUCAGAAACUAAUAUAUAG